AUUUGCAAUUCCAGCAAAGAAAAACCCAUAUUUUGAGAACUCAAUAAUACAAGAAUGAGGGGAACAAGUAUAUCUGUUCUAGUAAUUUUGGUAUUGUUCUGCUGUAAGAUCAACACUGAGGGUAAAGGAUACAAAGAGGCGUUCAACUGUAGAGAACUCGAGUGUCCAAAAUAUGAAGUGAUGCACAGUGGGAAACAGUUUGAGGUUAGGAAGUACGAGGUUUCUACAUGGAUGUCCACUCCCACUAUCAACUCCACCUCUUACUCUGAUGCAGUUGCUCGUGGAUUCAAUAUGCUAUUUGCUUACAUUCAAGGGAACAACUACAAAUCAGCCAAAAUAGAAAUGACAGCUCCUGUUUUAGUAGACGUUCAUCCCUCGACGGGGCCCUUCUGCAACUCCACGUUCGUCGUCAAUUUUUACGUGCCACAAAAAUACCAAAAAUACCCUCCAGGUUCCAGUCAACUUCGUCCGGCCAAGUUGCCCCGACAAAAAUAUGGUAUUGUAAGGAGGUUUGGCGGAUUCAUGAACGACGGAAAUAUUGCUAGUGAAGCUAUGGCGCUUAAGAAGAGUGUAAAGGGCACCCCGUGGGAAUCGUCGUUUGGGAAAUCAUAUUCGGUUGCAGGCUAUAACUCACCAUUUGAGUAUGAUAACCGUGUCAAUGAGGUCAUUUUUUGGUCUAACAACUAGUUAUUCAAGAAGGUCAUAUCACCCAAUAAUUGUUAGUUAAUAAUUAAGUUGUACUUUUUUUAAGGAGGGAAGUUUAUUUUCAGUGUAUAAAACUUUACUUCUUGACAUUGUUGCAGCACUUGAUUAAGUUUCAAGACACAAUGCAUUCAUUGUGAUAGUUAAUCGA